AUCCUUGCCGGAUUUUCUAGUUGUGCGUUGCUUGCUGUUAAAUGAAGGACGAAGAUGCCCUUGCAGAUUUCCUGGCUCAUAAAAAGCGUCUAACAGAUAUAUUUUUCCCUAAUUCGAGAUCAGCUAUUAUUUCUCAUGAUACGAGUGCUUACGAUGAAUUUUGGAAAUUUUUGCUGAGAUUGCAGAAAAUUGUCAGAAAAAGUUUUUCUGAAGGUCUUGAUGGGUGUCUUUUGAGUAAGAAGUUGAAGUUGAACAUUCAGACGAGCAAUUAUCGUCUGGAGGACUAUAUUAGACAUAGCAAUGUUUCAAGUUCCCGCAGAUCUCUUACUAGUUCAGAGCUUGAUUGCUUUCAUCUCAUAUAUGACAUGUACCUCGAUUUUCUUCUGAAGCGCAAGUUCGCUCGAAUUGUGAAACUUAGAAGAGAUCAAAGUGUUCUACCAAUCGCUAACUUUAGAACAGAAUUAUUAUCUACACUAUCUAAACACCAAGUUGUGAUAGUUGCUGGUGAUACUGGUUGUGGAAAGUCAACACAAGUACCACAGUACCUAUAUUAUGGUGAAUCGAACUCAAAUGAUACACCUGGACCUAACUCCUAUCAAAAUAUUGCUGUUACUCAACCUCGUCGCAUCGCGUGUAUUAGUUUGGCCGCACGUGUAAGUACUGAGAUGUUGAAUGAAAGAGGCUCCAAGGUUGGAUAUCAAGUCCGUUUUGAACGAAGUCGAACUAAGGCUACACGAAUUCUUUUUCUCACAGAAGGUUUAUUGUUACGUCAAAUGCAGAUGGAUCCAUUUCUGAGCGACUAUGAUGUCAUCGUUCUUGAUGAAGUACAUGAACGUCACUGGCAAACUGAUUGUUUAUUAGGACUUGUUAAAUGUCUUAUAGUUGUCCGUCCAAAACUUCGUGUAGUUCUGAUGUCAGCUACCAUAAAUGUGAACACAUUUGCUAAAUUUUUUAAUGAUUGCCCAAUUAUACAGGUGCCUGGACGUCUUUACCCCAUCGAUUUGCACUACAUUCCACUCAGUCCAGUUGAAAUUGCCAACACAACUGACAGAAUUGAUCCUGCGCCGUAUAUUCGUUUACUAAGACGAAUAGACGUAACAUAUCCCGCUACUGAACGAGGCGAUCUUUUGAUCUUUUUGUCUGGAAUGGCUGAUAUUCAAGCAAUAAUGGAACCAGCUAAAGCAUAUGCUGAAGAAACAAAACGAUGGAUUAUUUUACCAUUGCACAGUGCAUUAUCUGCAUCAGAUCAAGAGAAAGUUUUUCAUGUUGCUCCAGACUGUGUACGUAAAUGUAUUUUAUCAACAAAUAUCGCCGAAACCUCUCUAACUAUAGAUGGAAUAAGAUUUGUAGCUGAUUCCGGCAAAGUCAAAGAAUUGAGUUGGGAUUCUAAAGCACGAAUGCGUUGCUUAAAAGAAUUUUCAAUAUCUAAAGCAAGUGCUAAUCAACGUAAAGGUCGUGCUGGUCGUACAGGUCCUGGUGUUUGUUAUCGUUUCUAUACUCAAGAAGACUAUGAUAAUUUUGAGGCAUUUAGUACCCCGGAAAUUCGUCGUGUUCCUUUAGAAACACUUGUUUUACAAAUGAUGGUCAUGGGUUUACCAGAUAUAAAAAAAUUCCCUUUCAUUGACCCACCUGAAAUGAAAUGCAUUGAUGAAGCACUUGAUAUAUUAAAGUCACAUGGUGCAAUUAUUCCACAGAAUAACUUGUUAACGGUUACGCCACUUGGCCAAUUAUUAUCUGAUAUACCAGUUGAAUUUUCAAUAGGUCGUAUGUUAAUUAUGGCAUCAUUAUUAAGAUUAAUUAAUCCCGUAUUAAGUUUAGCUGCUGGUAUGGCUAUUCAGUGUCCAUUAUUACCGUAUACAGCUUUCAGUGGAGCAGAACAAACGCGUCGAAUCGAAUCACUAGCUGAAUAUGAAAGUGAUCAUGGAGAUGCGUUUACAUUGGUUAAUGUUUUUGAUGAAUGGAUUAAGAUGAAAUCGGAGGCGACUGGUAUUAUUAAACAAGACCGUGAAUUAGACGAAUUUGAUGAUAAUAAUAAUAAUAAUGACAAGGGAUGUAAAAACAUUCAACGAUGGUGUCGUCGUAUUGGAGCACAACAGCAACGUCUUCAUGAAAUGGUCCGAUUACGUAGUCAGUUUGCACAGUUGUUAAAAGACAGUGGUCUUCUUGAUAGUAAAUCCACAGAAUUUGAUGAAAACCCAUCCAGAACACAACACUUUAAAAAUUUAAAUUAUGCAAGACGUAGUGCACGAAUGAAAUCUAAACGACGCCGACUUCUCACUUUACAAGAUAAUUUGAGUGAUAACUCGGAAUCUGAAAAAGAAGAUCAUCAUAUGGAAAGUGAUUCAUCUAAAUUACGUAAAUGGUUAAAUGCGUCGAGCCGUUGUUCAUCAAUCAAUUCAUCAAAUGUACCUGUACAAGAUUUAGAACUAGUAUUAUGUUACAAUCUAUCAUCUUUAGCGCAAUCAGCUAAUAUUCAACAAAACAUGACACAAGCUGAUCUUCAACUAUUAAAAGUUGUAUUAGCUGGUGGUAUGUAUCCUCAGUUAGCUAUUGGUGAUCCAGCCAAUGCUUAUCGUGUUGCUAAUCGUGGUGGUACAGCUGGAGCUGGUGCUGAAAUGGUAUUUCAUACUAAGAAUAAAGGUUUUGUUACACUUCAUCCAAAUGAUGUAUUUGUUAGAAAACCAGAUGUUUUAUUUCCUGAGCGUACUUCAAAAAAACGGAAUAACAAUCGUCCGAACCUGUCAAAGAUACAAAAGUCACAAACAUCAUUACCAAAUAAAAAUUUGAAACAAAAAAGAGAUGAUGAUUUCGAUGGUGAACAAACGGAAGAAGAAAGUAUUCUUGAUGUUUUACCGUCUGGCUUUGCAUACGAUCAUCAAUUACUUAUGUAUCUGGAUUUAAUGGAAACAACUAAACCUUUUCUGGUAAAUACAAUACGGGUUCCAGCAUUACCGACUUUGUUAUUAUACUGUCGGGAAGUGGAUACAAAUGCUGAUAUUUCAAGGUUUGUAACGAGUGUGAACAUUUUCACAUCUUACUAUCAUUAUUAGUAACACUAAAAUGAUGGAGAUUUGCACUUUGAUUGUAUGCUUUUGGUGUUGUUAAAUUCUCUAAGCUAGAUGAUUCGAUUAUGAAACUUUAAUUUUUAAUCUUUACAACAUCAAUAUCUACUUUACGUACUUAUCCUACAAGUGUUAAGUCAGUUUAUUCUGAUGGCGUUGUUUGUGAUUGGUUGGUCUCAUUGUUCCUUGUAUUCAGUUUGACUGUCUUGUUCGGUCGACUUCUGACCAUACGGUUGAUUGGUCUUUUUCAUAUGGGUAUUGAUAUUCAUAAUGAUUCCUAAUGAUUGUACGCAGUUAUAUAUAUAAGUUAUUACUCUUGCAAUCUGCUACUCAGAUUAGUGGUCAUAUUGCAACUCAAUAGUUCAAAUUCGAUUGCAGCUGGGGACUAGAUAAACGUGUCAUUGGUACUACAUAAUGACUGAUCAGUAUGAAUGUUUAAUUCCUUCAGACCAAUCGCAGCUCGAAUAGCUUAGUGAUAGUAUUCCUGUCUGCGAUACUGUGUGACAGCUUUUUUCCUGAAUCCCACAGGUAUAAUCAUUUCUGUCGAAAAUGCAUAUACUGUUUAGGUGUAGGGUUCUCUGCUAAUUAUCUCUUGAUAUGGUGAGCCAAUCAGAAGUAGCCUAAUGAGAGGGUCAGUCGAUGACAAUGAGAAGUGACCCGAAGGACAAGUGCAUCUCGUUAGCUAAGAAGUGGAUCAGUUUCUUAAGGAUUGAAGUGGUAUAUACAUAAAUGAGUAUUUGUGCAUUUUAUUCGGUAGCCCAAUACGCUUUCUCACUUAAGCAGUCAGUUGUACCAGUAUCAGAUUUUUGAUACUGCCCGCCAGAACACAUCCAACCACCUAACAUCAGUUCUUUGAUUUAUUUGGAGUGUAUUAAAGUGAUAUAUCCCUUCUGAAAUAAGAUUCAAAAUAAUUUAUUUCCUUACUUGAUUUGUGCGUGGUCUAUGAUACUGCCCGGGUGCCCAAACCGAAGCACGUGGUUUUCUUAAGGGGCCACACCCUGAACCUUUGACCUAAAGGUUUGAUCCAAAAGACAGUGGAGCAAUGUAAGCAGAUGCAGUCCCAUGGCAGCCAGUGACCAAUAAUAGGUUCAUAUGCUAUUUGUUCGUUCAGGAUACUGUAGCUUAUUUGCACCAUUGGUUUGGAAUCAGGGUUUUCCAACUCCCUUAGGUGGACUGCCCGUGUUCACCAACCCAGUUAAAGCGCCUAACAUUCUCUUUUUGUCCUCUCAAUUUCGUAAACAACACCGCUGUGAGAAGUCAGUGAGUAGGACUUCUUAGACAGUGGCUGUAUACGCGUGGCCAUGUCCCGAGAGAGCAUUUCGAAGAGAGCUGACUCUUCCUAACUUCGACCGUACCAGGGCAUUUAGUGUCGAAUGAAGACGAGACAAGUUUGUUGCACAAAUUGAAAGUAUUUUGAAGGGAACAGGAAUGACUAAUCCUAAGUUUUAUAAAACAGUAUUUUUAUGACUUUAGUUUAUGUUUUCAUUGGAGAGACUGAAUGCAUUCCAAAUCUAUGUCCUAAUAUCACAAACUAACUGUUUCAACUGCACUUAUUGGUUGAAAAUUGUAUUAAACAUUUACUUAUAGUUAUAUAGUGGAUUACAAUCAGUUACAGUUCAAAAGAGACUGUUUGUAAUUAACGCUAAUACUGUCCACUCGUGUAUUUCUCUAUAGUUGAUAUCACCAUAAUCUUGAAAACUUGGCGCACGUUUAACUUCUAUUUCUAAAUCAUUAUUGACCUAUCAGCUGUGAACUAUAUGGUUUUCGAGUUAGUGAACUUAGAUAUGUGACUUAGUGGUCGUCGAAUCACGUUCUAAAUUUUAAGUAUUGUCUUGUGUAAUGUGAAAGUAAUUCAACCCUAGAAACUUCAAAUCUGUUUAUAAACCUUAGAAAACCUAUAAAAUGAAAAACUAUCACAUACACUGAAGUUUCAUAGCUUUUUCGGAUACAGAUUUUUGGAUUUAAUUGUCUGUGUACUCAUUAACCAAUAAAGGGGCAUAACACUUUCCGUUUCUCUCAAUGUCGGUGGUGCUGUAAUGUAGUUUUACCUAAGUUGGUAGAUGGGGAAGCUAUAAACUGUAGAAACAACCAACUAGAAUUUGAUUUCAACUACUC